UUGCUUUAUGUAUUAUUUAUUUUUUAAUCUUUUUUAAAUGUAUUACUUUUCCAAAAAAAAUCUUUGCUUUUCAGAGCUCUGAACAACGAGGAAGAACAUGUACGAGAAUGCAUAUACAACUCGUUUAAAUCAUAAAUUUAGACAAAAUUACUUUCUUUUUUUUCCACAAUAAAGGGUAACAAACAUGGCCCCGUUUGUAUCUGAAACCAUGCUGAGGCUUGACGUGACUUGAGUGACUCCGCUUCCAUCCACCUUAGCGUACCUUCAAGUGAAAUAUGUCUUAGCUGCAAUAAAGCAGACACUUGCCUCGGAGAAAGCCUCGUGGGUCACCAGUCCCUUCUGCCUUACUCUGUUUCCAGUGCUAGGUUUCAGUUCUUUACCAAUUUUUAUUGAAAGUUUUAAAUUUUAUUACGUAUGACAACAAGUAUCUCGUUUGGUGUUUGUAGUUUUAGUUUCUGGGUGUGAACUUGGAAACAUGGGAUUUUAAUCUUUCUUGAUGUUUUGUUCUAAAGUUCGUAGCUUUGGGUGCUUUUAAGCGUGUAAUGCAAAGUUGAGUCACAUGUUCUCUUUCUUUUGCCUUGAAUUUUCCUGGAAAUUUCCUUGAUGGAACCUUGCUCAACUUGCUGUUUCAAUUACUGACAUGUCUGCCAUUUGAAGCUUCCCUUGAUAUGCAUACUUUAGUCUUUCGAGGGUUAGGACUUGGAAGAACUUAUUUUCCUGAAUAUGAGUUUUUGUUGUUGUUUGUCUCAUUCGCUUUGCCAUCUUUAAAAUUGAUAUCUUUUGAAAUUUGGUUUUUGCUCUUCUGAAUAUGCAAAGCUUGAGAGUCACCUUCCUGAAGCUUAAGUAUGUGAGGGUGAGGAGAUACAGUGAGUCUUGGUUAUCUAAUGUCGUGCUAUAUAGACUGAUCCAACAGAUGUGUGCAUCAGCAGCUACCAACCCUGAUCAAAUUUUGGGUAGAGUGAUCGGACUGGUUAAAAAUUUUGACAAAAUUGAUGCUUCCAAGGUUACAGAAACAGCUGAUUUUCAGAAAGAUUUGAACCUGGAUAGUCUAGACAGGGUGGAGCUCGUUAUGGUUUUCGAGGAAGAGAUCUCCAUUGAAAUCCCAGAAGAAAAAGCAGAUAAGCUCACAUUUUGUGCUGAUAUUGCAAAAUACAUGGCUGAGGAAAAACUUCUGAAGUCCUAAGUUGUUUCCAAUUUUAAAUAUAUUCAGGAGAUGCUUCCUCUCUAAUGAUUUGUUUUUGGGAUAUGAUUGUAAAGCUAUUAUUUUGCCACUAUUCAAGAUCUAUAGAUACUUAUCAGCACUCAAAAGCGUGAUAAACAUUAUUAUGAAAUCAUCACUCAGGGCUCGAAAUGAAAUAGAAUAUGAUCAUUUACAUA